AUGCUGGGGCUGCUGCUGCUGCAGGUGUUGGCCAGCUGCCUCUGGCUGGGACACAGCAAGGUGGAGACACCCUUUGGGAGUUGUAAUCAGUUCUUCUAUGCACGGGUUCCCCCAAAUAAUGCCCUGAAUCCAAAGAACCCAGCCUGGAUCUGUCAGCACUUCAGGAACUCGUAUCACUAUGCCACCCUGUACGACAGAGACAGGAGAAUUCCAGUGUACUCUGCUUACAAAUACAGGCCUAGAUCUACCGAGAAACCUCCAGAGUGGUGGAUGGUUGAGCCCCAGAAGGUAGAUCUUGAAGACAUGGGAAGAGAGUCGGACCUCAUUGCUCAACAUCAUUUCACCUUAGAACAAAUUGAAGAGAGCCAGGCUGUCCUUGAUGACUACAAAGGACUGAAGGAUUUGGACCUUGGCUGUUUGAAUCCCAGUGGCCAUAUGGAGAGUCAAGAGAGCAAGAUGGCUACCUUCAGCCUGACCAACGUAGUGCCCCAGGACAGCAUUCUCCACAAGGGCCAGUGGAACAUCUAUGAGUCUAAAACAAUGCCCCAACAGACCAAGGACUGCACAAUCACCUAUGUGAUCACGGGUGCUGUGCCUGGGAGCACUGACAUCGCUGAAGGGAGGGUGAACAGACCCAGCCACAUCUGGUCAGCUGCCUGCUGCCUGGUGGGCACAAAGCCCACAAGUGCUUGGGGGGCCAUUGCUGAGAACGACAAGAACCAGGUGGAGAACCUCAGCCUGGGGAAGCUGGAGGAGAGGCUGACUGAGCUCUACGGUGGACCGGUUACUCUGUUUGACAAUGCCUGUCCCCGGCAAUAA